CGUGAACUCGUGGACAGCGGUCAUAUUUUGGAGGAACAGUUUUAUUUUUCAUUUAACUGUGUCCAGUUAUUAUUUUACAUAAAGGCUGUCUGGAAUACACACAGAAGCAGACAGUCAGUCGAUGUCCACCCCUACGGACACAUCAGGUGGUAUGUCCCAUUCGGGACCAUCACCAGGGGCAGGUUUGUCUCCAGGGCCUAUUUUGGGUCCCAGCCCUGGACCAGACCCCUCUCCAGGUUCUGUUCACAGUAUGAUGGGUCCCAGCCCGGGGCCUGGGACACCCAGUGCACCACAUGGCAUACAGGGACAAAGCGAUUACUCUCAGGACAACAUGUAUCCUAUGCACAAGCCGAUGGAUGGAAUGAAUGACAAGACUAUGGCUGAUGCGAUGCACUUUGGUCACAUGAAGGGUGUGGGCAUGAGAACUCUUCAUAGUGGCAUGGGGCCUCCACAGAGUCCCAUGGACCCCCACAGUCAAGGAUACAUGUCUCCACAUCCAUCUCCCAUGGGCGUUCAUGAGCAUGCAUCGAGCCCCAUGUCUGGAGGUGGAACUGGCGGUGGACCCACACCACCUCACAUGCCUCCUUCCCAGUCAGGCCCAAUGAUGCCAAUGGAUCUUCAAGGAGCCAUGUCCGGUAUGGGUCAGCAAGGUCGGGGACCUUCUGCUUUCAGUCCUGUCCAGCUGCAGCAGCUCAGAGCCCAAAUCCUAGCUUAUAAGAUCCUGGGUCGUGGCCAGCCACUACCUGAGAAUCUCCAGCUGGCUGUUCAGGGCAAGAGAAGCCUGCCCACAAUGCAACAGCAGCAACAAAUGCAACAUCAGCAGACACCAGGAUCAAGCCCUUACAACAGGCCUCCAGGAAUGCCAGUGGCACCGAUGGGUGGCCCUCAGUCAAGUCCAUGCCCCACUCCAUCCAUGCAAGGACACAACCAGAGUUCAGCAGCCAAGCCUUGGCCUGAUGGACAAGGUGCUGAAAAUCAAGGCAAUCCUCCAAAGCAUCUCACCCCUAGUGCUAGUGGACGCCCUUCACCUGCUCCUCCUCAGUCCUCUGCAGUGCCAGCUGGGCCCAUGCCAGGCAGUUCAGUCACCCCCCAACCUCCAGGGCAGCAGGUCUCCCCCAUGCUUCAGAUGCAGCAGAAGCAAAACCGUGUUACACCAAUUCAAAAACCUCAGGGUCUAGAUCCAGUGGGAUUGCUGCAAGAGAGGGAGUUCAGAUUGCAGGCUCGGAUUGCACAUCGAAUCCACGAGCUGGAAAGCCUGCCAGGCUCCCUGCCACCUGACUUGAGGACAAAAGCUACAGUGGAGCUGAAAGCACUGCGUCUACUCAAUUUCCAGCGACAGCUGAGGCAGGAUGUAGUGGCAUGCAUGAGGCGAGACACCACCCUAGAGACAGCCCUCAACUCGAAAGCUUACAGGCGCAGCAAGCGACAGACGUUGAGGGAGGCACGCAUGACUGAGAAGCUUGAAAAGCAGCAGAAACUCGAGCAAGAGAAAAAACGCAGACAGAAGCAUCAGGAAUACCUGAACAGUAUUCUUCAGCAUGCUAAGGACUUCAAAGAAUACCACAGGUCAGUGUCAGGAAAGAUCCAGAAACUUACCAGAGCUAUUGCCACCUGGCACACCAACACAGAGCGGGAACAGAAGAAAGAGACUGAGCGAAUUGAGAAGGAGAGGAUGAGAAGGCUGAUGGCAGAAGAUGAGGAAGGCUACCGAAAAUUAAUUGACCAAAAGAAAGAUAAACGGCUGGCCUACUUGCUACAGCAGACUGAUGAGUAUGUGGCCAACCUCACAACACUGGUGUAUGAACACAAAGUUGCCCAAGCUGCCAAGGAGAAGAAAAGGAAGAGGAAGAGAAAGAAGGUAGAGAAGAAAUGCUAUGCAGAGACUCAGGUUGACCUAAAUGAGGAGGAGACCAUCCUGAUUAUUCGACGUUUGCACAAGGUGCUCCGGCCCUUCCUGCUCCGCAGACUAAAAAAAGAGGUGGAGUCUCAGCUUCCUGAGAAGGUGGAGUAUGUCAUAAAAUGUGACAUGUCUGCUAUUCAGAAGGUUCUUUACCGCCACAUGCAGAAAGGCAUCCUCCUUACCGACGGCUCUGAAAAAGACAAGAAGGGAAAAGGAGGUGCAAAGACGUUGAUGAAUACAAUCAUGCAGUUGAAGAAAAUCUGCAACCAUCCAUACAUGUUCCAGCACAUCGAGGAAUCCUUUGCUGAGCACCUGGGUUAUCCAAAUGGCAUCAUCAAUGGGCACGAUCUAUAUCGGGCUUCAGGGAAGUUUGAGCUGCUUGAUCGCAUCUUGCCCAAGCUGCAGGCCACCAGCCACAGAGUUCUGCUCUUCUGCCAGAUGACAUCUCUCAUGACCAUCAUGGAGGACUAUUUUACUUACCGCAACUUUAACUAUUUACGUCUGGAUGGAACCACCAAGUCUGAGGACCGAGCUGCAUUGCUGAAGAAAUUUAAUGAAGAAGGAUCUCAGUACUUUAUCUUCCUCCUCAGCACCAGAGCUGGUGGCCUGGGUCUCAACCUUCAGGCUGCUGACACUGUCGUCAUUUUUGAUAGUGACUGGAACCCACAUCAGGACCUUCAGGCUCAGGACCGUGCUCAUCGGAUCGGUCAGCAGAAUGAAGUGCGUGUCCUUCGCCUCUGCACUGUCAACAGUGUGGAGGAAAAAAUCUUAGCCGCUGCGAAGUACAAACUUAAUGUGGAUCAGAAGGUAAUCCAGGCGGGAAUGUUUGACCAGAAGUCCUCCAGCCAUGAGCGCCGUGCCUUCUUGCAGGCCAUUUUAGAGCAUGAGGAACAAAAUGAGGAGGAAGAUGAGGUGCCUGAUGAUGAAACCCUGAACCAGAUGAUAGCUCGCAAUGAGGAUGAAUUUGAGCUUUUCAUGCGUAUGGACAUGGACCGACGCCGGGAAGAUGCCAGGAACCCAAAGCGUAAGCCACGUCUGAUGGAAGAGGAUGAGUUGCCUUCUUGGAUCAUUAAAGAUGACGCAGAAGUAGAACGUCUCACAUAUGAAGAAGAGGAGGAGAAGAUAUUUGGCCGAGGCUCGCGUUGUCGCCGGGAUGUAGACUACAGUGACACAUUGACUGAGAAGCAGUGGCUACGGGCCAUUGAGGAUGGAAACCUGGAAGAGAUGGAAGAGGAGAUUCGACUGAAGAAACGCAGGCGCAAAAGACGUCAGGACAAGGACUCUUCAAGCAGAGAUGAUGGUGGCCCCAAAGCCAAGAAGAGACGUGGGCGCCCUCCAGCUGAAAAACUUUCCCCCAACCCUCCCAAACUCACCCGGCAAAUGAACGCCAUCAUUGACACGGUUAUCAAUUACAGAGAUGGGUCAGGACGGCAGCUAAGUGAAGUCUUUGUCCAGCUACCAUCCAGGAAGGAGCUGCCUGAAUAUUAUGAGCUGAUCAGAAGACCUGUGGACUUCAAGAAGAUCAAGGAGCGUGUGAGAAAUCAUAAAUACAGAAAUGUGGGAGACUUGGAGAACGAUGUGAUGCUGCUCUGUCACAAUGCCCAGAAUUUUAAUCUGGAAGGAUCCCAGAUAUAUGAGGACUCCAUUGUCCUUCAGUCCGUCUUCAAGAGUGCCAGGCAGAAGAUUGCCAGGGACGAGGAGAGUGACGAUGACAGUGAGGAUGAUGAUGACGAUGAUGAGGACGAGUCCGAGCCCGAGGCCAAAUCAGUGAGAGUUAAGAUCAAGUUCAGCAAAGAUGCACGCAGCCAUGAUAAAGGGAAGAAGAGGCAAAGCCGUGCCAAGGCCAAACCCGUGGUCAGCGAUGAUGACAGCGACGAGGAGCAGGACGACAACGAUCCAUCAGACAAGAGCGAUGAUGACUGAGGACGUUUUUACAUAAAAGACAAUAUCUUCUGUAAACCAGUCCUUCACUUCUUUUUUUUUAAGUUUAUUUCUUCUCCUCUGUCUGUAGUGCAUACUGUACACCCCCCCCCCCCCCCAAGCUUGGAAAUGUGUUACUGUUAAGAGGAUAAACUACAGCAAUACCACUCUGCUAUUUUCUAUUUUGUAGUAUAUUUUUAUCUCUCUGCUUUUAUGAUAAAUUGAAACUGUACGGGGAAACAAAAAGAUUUGGUCACAGUAUACCAGCGUUUGCUUUGUAAUCGCUUGCACUUCUGCCAAAUGAGGUUAAUGCCCAAAGUAAUAAAAGAAAAAUAAUACCAGUUAGGUAAUUCUGAGAUCGCCAUGUGAAUCUGGAGUUUGAUGACAUUUUAAAUUUUGUGACCACUCGUGCUUAGAUUAAUGAAAUGAUAAAUGUUUAGACGAUGCACAUUUUAAACAAAAUGACAAUCUUUAUUGACACUUGGGGACAUACAAAUUAAUUUAAAUGUGUGUAUUUCCUCCCCGUUAUUUUUAACCGCAUUCAAAAGUGCCCACUUUACAUAGGCAGCACUACAUUUGUUCCAUCUGUUUCUUAUACCUUCUUAGUGUUUUCAAAUUGUGUAUCAUACAGUAGAAUUUGUUGAACUCAAUUUGACAGGAGAGAACAGACUGGGUUUAUUUGACAGAGCAAUGUGUGGUUUUGGCCAACAGAUCCAUAGAAGUGUAGUCUUGCUGGAUAUGAGAAACAUUUAUCCAAUCACAAAAAUGUAGCUUUUUCUUGAAAAGCAUCUCACGUGUUGCAUCACUCUAUGCUGCUGUAAAAAGCAAACUUAGAAGUACGGAGUCUCAAAUUUUUGCAGUUAUUAGCCAGAAGACCAUGAAUGACUUGAAAGAUUACAAAGAAAACUGUUAUGGGUUCAAAAAUAUGACUGUUUUAAACAACAUUGUUUUAUACAUUUGGGUUACGGUGUUUGUGUAUUAUUACUUUUAAGCCCUUGUGCUGUUGGUUUGUUUGUAGCAUGAGCUCCUGACAACCUAUUGUGUAUCGUUCACAUGCAGAUAUAUCCAUUUUGUUUGUGUGAACCAUGCUUGCCAACUUUCCCUAAGUGUGACUUAAUCUUUGCUUUCUUUGCACAGUGUCUUUGUGGUUGUAUCUCAUAGCCCAGAGCAAAUAAAAUCUCACAGAUUUUCAGCA